CUAGACAAAAAUGUAUCUGUGUUAUUAACAGCAGAUACAUUCUUCAGAUAAGUUGCACACAGCAAAGCCGUCAAAUUUUUUUAAAUAUUUUUUGAAUUUAAUUUUUUAAAUGCAAUACCAUUAAAGUUGCUGACUUAAUAUCUUAAAAACGACAAUGUCAUCCAAAACUAAAUAUACCGAUUAUGAUGGAGAACCCGGCUGUCAAACGCUAGAAGAAGUUAACAAAAUGUAUCGAAAUUAUUGGGAUCCUACUGCGUAUUGGAAAUGCGAAUCUCAAGGUAAAGUUGCAAGCCGAGGUCGUUGUCCGACAUCCGAAUUAUUUAUGGAUACGAAAGGCAAAUGCGUGCACUAUGCAGAGUGGCACUGGACUGAACCCACCAUACCACCGAGUCGACCAAAUAAAUAAAUCCAACUAAAUGAAACUCCAAGUCUCAUCAAUUAAAAUAUAUGCAUGCACACAUAAACAUAUCUACGAACUCAAAUGAUAUAUAUAUAUAUAAUAUAAUACAAUUUAUUAUAAACUAAUAGGAGCAUCAAAAUUUAUAUAUAUAAGUUGUUAAAAAUAUACUUAAAAUUCUACAAUUUUU